CCAGCAAACACACCACCACUUCUAACUCUCCACCACCCCACAACGCCGCCAUGGAAGAGGAGGUUGCCGCAUUGGUCAUCGACAAUGGCUCGGGUAUGUGCAAGGCCGGUUUUGCCGGUGACGAUGCGCCGAGAGCCGUUUUCCCGUCCAUUGUCGGCCGACCGCGCCACCACGGCAUCAUGAUCGGUAUGGGUCAGAAAGAUUCAUACGUUGGAGAUGAGGCCCAGAGCAAGCGCGGUAUCUUGACACUGCGAUACCCCAUUGAGCACGGUGUUGUCACCAACUGGGAUGACAUGGAGAAGAUCUGGCAUCACACUUUCUACAAUGAGCUGCGUGUGGCACCUGAGGAGCACCCAGUCCUGCUCACCGAGGCUCCCAUCAACCCCAAGUCCAACCGUGAGAAGAUGACACAGAUCGUCUUUGAGACCUUCAACGCCCCGGCCUUCUACGUCUCCAUCCAGGCCGUGCUUUCUCUGUACGCCUCCGGUCGUACCACCGGUAUCGUCCUGGACUCCGGUGACGGUGUCACUCACGUUGUCCCCAUCUACGAAGGUUUCGCGCUCCCGCACGCCAUCCAGCGUAUCGACAUGGCCGGUCGCGACUUGACCGACUACCUCAUGAAGAUCCUCGCAGAGCGCGGCUACCCAUUCUCCACCACCGCUGAGCGUGAAAUCGUUCGCGACAUGAAGGAGAAGCUGUGUUACGUCGCCCUCGACUUUGAGCAGGAGAUCCAGACCGCCAGCCAGAGCUCUUCGCUCGAGAAGUCGUACGAGCUUCCUGACGGUCAGGUCAUCACCAUCGGCAACGAGCGCUUCCGUGCUCCGGAGGCUCUCUUCCAGCCAUCUGUCCUCGGCCUCGAAUCUGGCGGCAUCCACGUCACCACUUUCAACUCCAUCAUGAAGUGCGACGUUGAUGUCCGCAAGGAUCUCUACGGCAACAUCGUCAUGUCCGGUGGCACCACCAUGUACCCAGGCAUCAGCGACCGCAUGCAGAAAGAAAUCACUGCGCUCGCGCCAUCCAGCAUGAAGGUCCGUAUCAUCGCCCCGCCAGAGCGCAAAUACUCCGUCUGGAUCGGUGGCUCCAUCUUGGCAUCCCUCUCAACCUUCCAGCAAAUGUGGAUCUCCAAGCAGGAGUACGACGAGAGCGGCCCCAGCAUCGUCCACAGGAAGUGCUUCUAAGCAUUGCUAAGUCAAACGCAAGCGGGAGCAAUGCUGGUUCUGGAGGUUGCAGGUUGGACGUAUUGGCAGCAUUAGCAAGCGCGUGGGUCAAAACGGCAAGCGCGUUGAGUGAUCGCAACAUACGUGCGGCAUGCGAAGUGUGUUGGUAGAGGCUUGAAGCUUGUUUGCGGAGCUGCCAUGGGACUGG